AUGAUUCAAGAUCCAAAAAUGUCCAUGGAUGCUAAGGCAAGUCAUGGAGCCAUCUUCUCAUCCUUGCCCUUGGUUUUCAUUCUUUCGACUCACUUGUCUCUGGAAGCGUUGGAUGAGGCAGAAAGUCGAUUAAUGGAACAUGGCGGUAAGCUCACGUAUGAGAUCUCCGAAGCCAAAAUCAUUCUUGGACAAGUUGGCCGCCCGAAACGCGCUGCGCUCGAACUACGCUGUCGCGGGUUCUGGACUGAGGAGGUUGUUCCAGUUUCCAACUCUACCCCGAUAUCUAUCAGUACAAGCUCCGAACCCCCUACAAAGCGUAGGAGAAAAGAAGGGCCCCAGGGAGGGAAUGAUGCACCAAUCGAAAUUAUAGAUCUUAGUACUGAGUCCGAGAGUGAAGAAGCUGGACCUCGAAAUCAUGAAUCGACACCCCACCUAGCAACAAAGACAGAGGUUGACGAAAACGAAGUCAUAGUUCUCAAGCUAGAAUGGUUGGACGCAUCGAUACAGGCAGGGGUGUGUCUACCCCAAGAGUCUUUUAUGGUAUACCGAGGGCGGAAGAUACCUACUCCAACUACACCAGGAAUCGAAGAGAAAUACUUGGAAGAAAAGUCCAGUCAAAUUAUUGAACGCGCAAAGAUGGAUGCCGGUCUCCCACCUCCUUCUGUCCAAAUAUCUGACCACCGCCAUGCAAGACGCUCUAAGGAACCCUCGGCCGGCUCCUCCAGCCAGCACCAUCCACCAACACUUUACCGACAGACAACCUCUGAGAACGACGAGAAGGAGCCUUCACCAUCUAAGCCAGAUUGGGUCCGAGACCACAUUCUCUUCGCGUGUCUGCGCUCCGCCCCCUUGCAUCCGCCAAAUGAGGAAUUCAUCUCACAGCUGGUCAAAAUUCGCCGCAUUCGAGAACUCACACUGGAUCAGAUUGGCGUUCGAGCUUACAGCACUUCCAUCGCGUCUCUAGCAGCAUACCCGCAUGUGAUACGUCGGCCAAGUGAGAUCCUGGCUUUGCCUGGAUGCGAUAUAAAGAUUGCGAAUCUUUUUACCCAAUGGCAACAGCAUGGUGGGUGCGAACAUACCGAUGAUGAUGGAAAUGUCGCAGCAGCAGAUGCUCUAGACUCCGACCCUGUGUUGCGAGUUUUGAACUCAUUCUAUCAGAUCUGGGGCGUGGGUGCGAAGACCGCACGAGAGUUUUAUUACCACCGAGGCUGGCGCGAUCUGGAUGAUAUCGUUGAGCAUGGAUGGAGCUCACUGUCUCGGGUGCAGCAGAUUGGACUGAAGUACUACGACGAGUUCCAGGAAGGCGUUUCGCGUGCCGAGUCCGAAUCCAUCGCUGAUAUCAUUCGAGAGCAUGCCAAUCGUGUUCGGCCCGAAGGGGAUGACAAAGUUGAAUGCGUUAUCGUUGGCGGAUACCGCCGCGGAAAGGAAUAUAGCGGCGAUGUGGAUGUUAUACUGACUCAUCGCGAUGAUAUUGUGACCAAGAAUCUGAUUAUUGAUGUUGUCGCUAGUCUUGAGAGCGAUCAGUACAUUACGCAUACCCUCGCAUUGCAUGUCACUUCUUCACAUCGGGAGCAACAGACUUUACCCUUCCAUGGUGAAGACUCCAGAGGCUUCGAUACGUUGGACAAAGCGCUUGUCGUUUGGCAAAACCCGCACUGCAGCCCAGAGCAAGCAGAUUCUGAAGAGGGCCCGCCAAAAAGAAAUCCGAAUCUUCACCGUCGUGUUGAUAUCAUAAUCUCGCCAUGGCGCACUGUCGGCUGUGCAGUGCUAGGUUGGUCUGGCGAUACAACCUUUCAGCGAGAUCUGCGACGGCAUGCGAAGAAAGCACACUCUUGGAAAUUUGAUUCGAGUGGUGUACGAGCUCGCGAUUCGAAUGGUCAAGUGGUGGAUCUCGAGCAUGGAGGAGAGACCUGGGAACAGCGGGAGAGGCUUGUUAUGGAGCGCAUUGGCAUAGGCUGGAGAGCACCGCAGGAACGAUGCUCAAGAUAA